AUGGGUAUUCACUUCGGGAACUUGGCGCGGGUCCGCCAUAUCAUCACCUACAGCCUCUCGCCCUUCGAGCAGCGCGCCCUCCCCAACGUUUUCUCGCACGCCUUGCCCAACGUCUGGCGGCGCUUCAGCUCCCAGGUCUUCAAGGUGGUGCCCCCCUUCGUAGCGGCCUAUCUCAUUUAUUCCUGGGGGAAUCAAGAGUUUGAGAGACUGAAGAGGAAGAACCCCGCUGACUAUGAAAACGACCAGUGA